AGAAUUGUUGUUAGAACCAAAAACAGUGUUUACAUAUAGUUGCAAUGUCACAAAGGGAUUAUUCUGAGGUGGAACCGCAAGGAACUUCAGAAUUGCCAGCAGCUAGUCAAUCUUUAUUUUUGGAAAAGGUGAGGCAGUCAAAUGCUGCAUGCGAAGCAGGUGAUUUUGCUAAUGCAGUAAUACUUUACACAGAAGCUCUAAGUUUGGAUCCCACAAAUCAUGUUUUAUAUUCUAACCGUUCUGCAGCACGAAUAAAGCAAGGACAUUUUUCUUUAGCACUGCAAGACGCAUGCAAAGCUAGAGAUUUAUGUCCGACAUGGGCAAAAGGAUGCUACAGACAAGGUGUAGCAUUGCAAUGCCUAGGAAGGCACGACCAAGCCUUAGGAGCUUUUAGUGAAGGUUUGGCGAGGGAGCCCAAUUCAGAGCGGCUUUUAUCCGGACUGAUUGAGGCCUGUGAGAAAUCACCCCUCGCCGGUAAACUGAGACCAACAUUUGAACAACUCAGAACAAUGGGCUUGGGACAAAGUCCUUUCGUCGUUAUAUCAGUAGUGGGUCAAGAACUUUUGGCAGCAAGUCAUUUUCAAUCGGCUGUAGUAGUACUGGAAUCCGCUCUGAAGAUCGGUUCCUGUUCAUUGAAACUGCGCGGUUCAGUGUAUUCAGCUUUGAGUUCUGCAUAUUGGGCGUUGUCCCAGCUUGAUAAAGCCAUAUCAUGUAUGCAACAGGACUUGGCUGUUGCAAAAUCGUUAGGUGAUACUAGAGGUGAAUGUAGAGCACAUGGCAAUCUAGGAUCCGCUUAUUUUAGUCAAGGAGCAAAUAAAGAAGCUUUAACCGCACAUCGACAUCAGCUUGUACUAGCAAUGAAAAGCAAGGAUAUGCAAGGGGCAGCUAUGGCACUAACAUCUUUGGGUCAUGUGUACACAGCUAUUGGCGACUAUCAGAAUGCUCUCGCCACCCACAAGCAAUGCGUACAGUUAGUAAAACAAUUAGGAGAUCGACUUCAGGAAGCGCGAGAGAUUGGUAAUGUGGGUGCAGUUUAUUUAGCAAUGGGAGAAUUCGAUUCGGCUGUAGAUUGUCAUACGCAACAUUUGAGGCUAGCUAAACGAUUAGGAAACGUGACCGAAGAAGCUCGCGCUUAUUCGAAUUUGGGCUCUUGUCAUCAUCACAGACGAGACUUUGCUCAGGCAACGUUGUGCCAUGACAGGGUUUUACAUUUAUCUCGAUCUCUUCGGGAUCGAUCUUUGGAAGCUAGAGCUUGUGCUGGACUAGGACAUGCAUCCAGGUGCGCUGGACAACUGGACAGGGCAAAACGAUGGCAUGAACGGCAGUUGGACGCCGCUUUGGGAGCCAAAGAUAAGGUGGGAGAAGGAAGAGCCUGUAGUAAUCUCGGAAUAGUAUAUCAAUUGAUGGGAGAAUAUGAUGCUGCAUUGAAACUUCACCAAGCGCAUUUAAACAUUGCUCGCCAGUUACAGGAUAAAGCAGGUAUGGGAAGAGCGUAUGGUAAUAUAGGGAAUGCUUAUUCUUCUGCUGGUCUUUACGAACCUGCCAUAAGACAUCACAAGCAGGAACUUGCUAUAAGCCAAGAAGUAGGUGAUAGAUAUUCAGAAGCAUCAACACAUGGAAACCUUGCAGUGGCAUAUCAAGCUUUAGGAGAACACGAUAUGGCCUUGCUGCACUACCGAGCUCAUCUAGGCAUUGCGCGCGAAAUGAAAGAUACUUCUGGAGAAACCUGUGCUUUGCUGAAUUUAGCAAACUGUUUGUCAUGUCGUGGUGAUUUUGCACAGGCCGUACCAUAUUAUGAACAAAAUUUAGCGUUAUCCCAAGAAAUGGGAGACGUAGCCGCAGAAGGUAAAGCAUGCCAUUUCUUGGGAUAUGCUCAUUAUUGCUUAGGCAACUAUAGAGAAGCAGUUAGAUAUUAUAAUCAAGAUUUGACCUUAGCGAAAGAUCUGCAAGAUCAUGCCGUUAUGGCUCACGCAUAUUGUAAUUUAGGCUUAGCACAUCUGGCUUUAGGUCAUUUAGAAACAGCGCUGGAAUGCCAAAAAUAUUUUUUAGCCAUAGCUCAUAUGACACAACAUCAACAAGGAAAAUUUAGAGCGCUGGGAAAUGUCGGUGACGUGCUAGUAAAAAUGCAAAAUGAAGAAGAGGCGUUAAAAAUGUACCAAAGACAAUUAGAAUUUGCAAGACAGACUCAAGAUCGGCAUUUAGAAGCACAGGCCUGCUCUUCUCUUGGUCGUGUAUAUCGGCUUCAAGAGAGAUACGAUUUUUCUUUAGCACACCAUACUCAAGAAUUAUCCUUGUUACAAGAAUUGGGAGAUGCUCGGGGCGAGUGUAGAGCACAAUCUGCACUUGGUGCUAUACAUAUUGCUCUAGGUCAUUAUACACAUGCGUUGAGAUGUUAUCAAGAACAAUUAGACAAAGCGCGUGAAUUGAAGGACUGUAUCGAAGAAGCUCAAGCUUACGGAAAUCUCGGUAUUGCUAAAUUUAAUAUGGGAUACUACGAGGAAGCCAUAGGAUUUUUAGAACAUCAACUAGCACUACUUGAGCAAAUACCUUCUCACUGUUCAACAGCUAACAUAUCUUCACAAGCCAUUGUUGAACAAAAAGCGCGGGCUCACGGAUCACUUGGUGAUUGUUAUUCAUGCUUGGGCGACUAUGAGGAAUCUUUAAAGUGUCAUGAAAUUUAUUUAAAAUUAGCUUUGGAGAAUUUGAAAUGUGCGAAAGAUCAAGAACGGGCAUACAAAGGACUCGCGCAUUCACAUAAGUCGCUUGGUAAUUUACAACAAGCGCUGGUUUGUCUGGAGAAACGGCUAGUGGUUUCAGAUCAAUUAGGAAAUUUACAAGAAAAAUGUCUAACUUACGCUGAUUUGAGUUUUAUCCACAACUCUUUGGGACAUUCGGAACAAGCUAUUUCGUGCUUGGAGCAUCAAAGAGAUAUUGCCAGAGAACUGAACGACAACACCAUGAUUUCCAAUUCAUUAUCGGGAUUGGGUCUCAUGUAUGAAAAAUUAGGAGAUCAUGAAGCGGCAUUGAAGUUUCACCAGGAAGAUUUAAAACAUUGUACAGAUUUGCAACUAAUAGAUUUACAGAUGCGUGCUUUGGGUCGCAUGGGCCGCGCCUACGAAUCUCGCCAAGACAUAACAAUGUCCUUAAUGUGUCUUCAGCGUGCCCUUACGCUUACUAAUUCAAUUUGUCAAGAGGAGAAAGAAAACAGUGAUAUCAGUUUUCAAUCAAAUUUGAGAGGCAACCGAAAAAAUAUUAAUAAAGACCUCUGCGAGACUCUGAGAACAGUUGGCAGAGUAAUGUUAUGCAAGGGAGAUAUUAAAUACGCUAUUAGAUAUUUAACGCAAGGAUUGGAAAUAGCUGAAUCAUUGGGCGACAAAGAAGAAAAGGCAAGGAUGCGUUAUAGACUAGGUCUAGCUUUACACCAGGACGAAGAUUAUGUAAAUGCUUUAGAAAACUUCAAAAAGUCGAUCGAAUUAUUGGAAACGUUAAGAAAAGCACAUCGCACUCAUGAUAAAUUAAAACAAUCAUAUUAUGAUGUGCAAACAGAUUGUUAUUACGCAUUGCAAAAAACUUUAGUAGCAUUAUCAAAAUAUGAAGAUGCUCUUGUGAUAGCAGAAAAAUGUCGAACAAGAUUAUAUGCGGAUUUAAUAAUAGAAAAACAAAAUAAAGCAAACGAAGAAACUAAAUUAAACGAUAGCUGUGAUAUUACUUUAAGCACACUUAUAGAAAUAGUUAAUCGACAAAAAGCCUGCGUACUUUACUAUAGUCUUUUAGAGAAUCAUCUUUAUGCUUGGUGCAUCGUUCCUUUCAAAGGUGUUAUGAAGUUUCAUGAUACUCCACUAUUAUCAGAAGAAAGUGAUGAAGGUUCGCAAUUAACCGCAAAAAUAAAAUUUCUACGAGAACAUUUAAUGACUAAAAAUGCUAAUAAUCAAAAUAAUAUAGAGGAUAUAUCAAAUCAGCCCGAAGAAAAAUCUGGUUUCUUGCGAAUGGUAAAUAGGCAUAAUUUGCUGAAUUCUAGCAAUUAUUCGCUCAGUUCCUUAUUCAGCGUUGGUUCAGUAACUAGUCUUAGAGGAUCAACACGAUCUAGAGGAUCACUUCAUUUUGAUACUCCAAAUACUCGAUUCGAUAAAAAGAAUCAACAUACAAAGUCUCUCAAUGAUACUUUAUCGGCGCUGUAUGAUCUACUGAUAGCGCCAUUUGAUGAUAUACUACAAGAAACAGAUACAAAAGAAAAUAAUGUCCAGAAGCGAGAGAAAUUGAUACUGGUCAUUGAAAAUGAUCUGUUUGCCGUACCUUUCUCAAUAUUGCGAAACAAAAAUUGUAGCACACUGGCUCAAGUAAAUGAAAAGCAACAUCAGUAUUUGGGUGAUCGUAUUGAUUUAAUGGUCGUUCCGUAUCUGAAAGUUUUGAAACCAACUGGACAUAAAAAUUCAAGGAAACAACUGGGAAAUGAGUCUAUGAACGCGCUCGUUAUUACAAGUCCAUUAUAUGGUGGAUCAAAUCAUGCUGGUUCGCAAAAUAUGAAUGUGAGUUCAAGCCAGGAUGCUUCAAUGAUUGCUGAGUUGUUACAUUGUAAAACACUCACAGAUACUCAGGCUACCAAAGAAACUGUAACUGAGGAAAUGUACAACGCAGAUUGCGUCCAUUUCUCAGCUCAAAUAUGUUGGUCUUUAAAAUCAAUUGUCUUGAGCACGGGCGAGCCAAUAGAAAAUCAGGUUCAGAGCUCAAGUCGUCGAACAUUUAGUGGCGAUGGAAGUUUAGAGAUACAUGAGGUAGAAAUGAAUCCGAAUAUAUCAUUGGGCGGUUUAAAUGAUGGUCUAUUAAACACUAAAGAUAUUUCACAGUUACAACUCAAUACAAAACUUGUUGUAAUUAAUGCCACGAUAUUUGAUGAGACUGAUGCGAAUUAUGAUAUUGUUAUGAAAACUAAUACAAAUGCGUUAUAUGAAUUAUCAAGUGCUUUUUUAAACUCUGGUGUUCAUUGCGUUUUGGUCUCUUUAUGGCCAGCUAGUGAUGUUGGUGCAGUAAAAAUACUUUUGAAAACUUUUUAUUCUUCGCUAAUGCAAGGAUCGAGAGUUGCUAGAGCUUUAUCAGAAGCUAUGCAAACGGUUCAGUAUACAAAGCAAUUUUCGCAUCCGGCAAAUUGGGCUGGUUUCACAUUAAUGGGAUCUAACAUUCGUCUCUGCACAAAGGCUGCACAAAUGAAUGAAUCUUUACAAGAUAUUUUAUUACAUCAUAACCCGGAGCAUUCAAGAAGGCAAUGUUUGCGAGUGUGUUUGCAUCUGGUUGAAAAGUCUCUUCAGCGAAUUCACGAAGGGCGAAGAAAUGCAAUGUAUACCACUUUAAGAUCAAUCGAGAACAAGACGACGAGCAGUGGAUCUAAAAAUGGUGAUAAGGAAGAAACAGAAGAUUUAACGAAGUAUAAUAAUGCUGGAUGGAAAAAUUUACUGAUUUCUGUUGGAUUCAGAUUUGAGCCAGCUGCGAAUGGUGUUCCUUCAUCUGUAUUUUUCCCACAAAGUGAUCCGUGUGCACGACUCGCAAAGUGUUCUGGAAUUUUACAGGCUCUUCUUGGUUUAUCACAUGCUUCACUGCAAGCAGUUCAGUCAUUAAUAAACGAUGAAACGAGAUCAAAAAAAUCAGCGAAGCUUAAUUACAAUAACACGCAACAAGAAGAAAUUUCACAAGAAAUAAUUUCAGCUGUAAAAAAAUGUUCCGAACAAUUAGUGGAGAAGCAACCUGGCGAUGGAAUCGAAAUUUCUUUGAGCGUCAGAUCUUGGAGGAUUACUGGCUGUCAUGAAUUAUUUGCUUCGUUAGGAUUUGAUUUAGUGUCCGUCGGCAGUGAUCGGAUCAAAUUAAGAGCAGGAAAAAAAGCUAAUACAAGGCAGACACAGUUUGCAUUAGAAGCACUUACAGCAUUAAUAGCAAUUGCAGAUGAACCAAAAAGUUUGAGUAGCAGUAAAAGCAGUUCAAUGGAAAGUCUGAAUAGUGAUAACAGCAUUUGUCCAUAUAUAUCAAAUCAAAAAAAUGUUAACCCGCAAACUUUAAAUGAUGUGCAUCAGCAAUUAGAUAAGUCAAUAAGCAAGUUAAGUUCUGGAAGAGGCGCAUUUAUAUCUUACGUCCGUGGUAGAGGCGAACCGGAUGGUGGGAGCACCAUCAACAGUCAUGCCCCUUCGACCACUUAUACACAAAGUCAGCUCAACUCCAAUGUGCACAUUCAUCCGCUAAAUAGUAAUUCUCACAUAAAUCUACUUAUAAAUUCAGACAAUAAUCUGCACACGAACUCAAGAAUUGCAACUGCAAAUAUAAAGAGCGUUGAAACUAAAGGCUUAUGGAAUGCUAGGAAUCAUUAUAUGGGUCUGAGCAGAACUGCUGUAAAAGUAUGCAGACCAGGCGGAGGAAGUGAGAGUGAUGCAGCAUUCACCCCUAGCCCACCUGUUUUCUUUCAAAAUCCGCACAGUACUAUCACUAAUACUCUUGAACACCAAACACGCAUUCGAUCUUUAUAUAACUUGCACCGAGAAGAUGUUCUGCCACCACUGCCGCCACCAAGACACGUCAAUUCAUAUACAGAUUUUAUAAAAAAUAAAAAAUUAACCAAAGAAAAUGAUUCUGUAAUAAAAAAACAAGAGUUUGACAACACAUUUAAUAUCAAAUUCGAGAAAGAAAAUGCAGCCAAGUGCAAUAUGCAUAUCGCUCAACAUACUUCUAAUCCUUUAUCAGAACAGUCAGAAAAAGAUGAUAGUUUCUCAUCUAAUGAUUCAAUCUGCCAAGUUAAAACAUUGGUUAAACGGCAAGGUGCUCUAAAAGAAAAUUCUAAGUUUUUGCCGGAAAAUAGCAUGCUUUCGCUGUCCGUUUACAACAAUUUGCCAUUAAGUGGUUUGAAUUUUGAACCUUCAAAUGCUGAUGCUGAUUUUAAUAUGAGAUCCAGUAAUAAGUCUGAUAUGCAAAUUAAUGACCGAUUAAGUGUACGUACAAGUACUUCGAUUAACGACUCUGGAAAAAUGAUGCAGCGUCAUAAAUUGCUUGAAAUAGCAAAUAACUUGACCAUCGAUAAAGAUGGCGAGCCUUAUAACAGCAAAGAAAAAGAAUCACCUAAAGAAUUAUCAAAUUCGAACACUUCAUCACUAAUACGACAUCCGAGUCAUGCUUUAACUCCUGCGAUAUCAGAAGUUUACCACGAGCGCAACAUAGGAUUAGGUCUAGCUCCUCCUUUAUCAACUUUGCUUUUGACCAACGAUUUAAAAAAUGAAAAUGACAAAUUUGAUGGCGAAUUUAAUGAAUUUUUGAAAAGGGAUGAAGGUGACGGUAGAAGUGUGGCUGAUUCUCAAUGCUCCAGUCAUUACAAGGCAUUAACAAAUGGGUCGGAAAAAGCAACUGGUAUGCUGAGAAAAAUGCAAAUGAUGUCAAUCAAGUCAAAUUCUGAUGCGAGUCCAGCAACAGAAGGAGCCGAUAAAGAAAAGAAGGGGUCUAGUAAAAUUGUCAAAAAAUGUUUAUACAGGAAGAAAAAUCCUAAUUAGUCGUUAGUAGAAUGUAACGUCCCCAAAUCCAUCCA